AACAGUAAUAUAAAAGAACAAAAAGAGUAGAAUAGAAUAGGAGAGAAAUGGGUUCUUUCAUAUUGGUCAGAUGGGUUGCUUUAAGGGUUUGUUUCAUAGUUCUUGUGGUACAGCUUCACUUGGCUUUGGGAUGGAGAUAUCCUCCUCCCUUAUUUGCCAAUUUAUUUGGUGGCGGUCAAGAUCAUACGGAGUCUGCUUGGGAGGGAUUAUGCAAAGUUUCCAUCAUUUCGCAUGGUUAUAAAUGCCAGGAUUUCCAUGUGACAGGUUUAGAUGGAUACAUUAUGGGGCUUGAAAGGAUCCCAGAGGGCUGUUCAAGUAGUGGUGAUGAUGCAAAGAAAAAACCACCUGUUCUAUUACAGCAUGGUGUAUUGGUGGAUGGGAUGACAUGGAUGAUUGGCUCUCCUAAGGAAUCCUUGGCGUUUGUAUUAGCUGAUAGUGGGUUUGACGUAUGGAUCAGUAAUACAAGAGGGACUAGAUCUAGCAAGAGACAUGUAUCUCUUGAUGAAAGCCAACAGGAAUACUGGAAUUGGACAUGGGAUGAUGUCGCCAAGAAUGAUCUUCCUGCUAUAGUUGACUUCGUAUACAAUCAAACAGGCCAGAAGCUCCAUUAUAUUGGCCACUCCAUGGGAACAACAAUUGCAAUGGCGGCCUUAUCAGAAGGGAGGUUGGCGGACCAGUUGAGCUCACUUUCCUUGCUUAGUCCUGUUGCUUACAUGAACCUUAUGACCAACGCUAUGGCCGUACUAACUGCUAAUGCCUUCAUAGGAGAGUUAGGUGACAUGCUCGGUAUGGAGGAGUUCGACCUAAGAAAAGUUCUCUCUGUUAAAAAUUUUUGGCCUAAUGGGCAAUUUGCUGCUCAGUUAUUCAGCGGAGUAUGUAAGCGUAUAGGGGGGAUUGAUUUGGAUAAUUUAGUGACGAAAUUUAUCAGCCAAAAUUGCUGUCUCAACUCUACUGCAUUUCAGUUUGCGAUGGAUCAUGCGUUGCAGUCAACAUCAAUGAAAAACAUAGUGCAUUUUUCUCAAACAUUUAGAAAUGGAGGAUUUUUGAAAAAAUAUGACUACGGGAGUCCUUCUCAAAACAUGAAGCAUUAUGGGAAACCAGAGGCGCCUGGAUACAACCUUUGUAACAUACCUAGAAAUCUACCAAUGUUCCUCAGCUUUGGAGGCAACGACAAGGUCGCCGAUGUGAAGGACGUGAAUCAUUUACUGGAAGAUCUUAAAACCCACGACAAAGACAAGAUCACAACUCAUUUCGUUUCUAAGUAUGCACAUAUGGAUUUUAUUUUCGCCAUGGAUGUCAAGGAACAGGUGUACAAUACCUUGAUCGACUUCCUCAGACGUAUGUCAUCAUAAUAUAGUAAGAAUUAAAACGAAAAAAAAAAAGAUCUUCUCCAACACUAACGAUCCUCUAAUCAUUCAUCAAAUGACUAGAAGAGUUGAACAUGCAUCCUUAGAUGUUGAGAUGCAUGUGUGUUAAAACCUACUUAUAGCUAACUAGGUAGCUACAAACUAUACUACUAGUUUCGAUCGAAAUCCACCCAUCAAUAGAUAAUUGGAUUAUGGAUUAUUGGAUUGGAGAAUUAAAGUUCCAUAUCCAUCACCAGUUCACCACUUUAUAUGCAUAUAUGUAUAAAAGUAUAGGCCAUGGUGGGUCCGAGUUGUGAUGAAAUUUUUUAUUUAUUUUUGGGUGGGGGGAGUUUUUUCAUGUGAAGGGAUGAAUCUGCUUUGUAAUAUAUAGGAAGAGAAUCCUGGGUUGUAACUAUUGUUGAUGAUGUUUUAAUAUAGUUGAGAUUUUUAUUUUUU